AUGCUAUCGAACAGCCUACUCGGGAUCAGUACCCUUGGGAGUGCUAACGCUUCAAAAAAGUCUGGUGAUUGUUCGUCAAGUUCUACGACGGUGCCACAGUAUUUCCAGACGAGCCCCGAGCUGUGGGCUGGUCCUACGGCUACGGGAAGAGCACCCUUCCUUGCCCAAACCAAUCCAGUGUCGUUCGCUCCGACAGUCACGUUCGUCCCAAAUACUCCUCUCGAGACCGCAGUACCGAUUGUUGGUCAGAGUCCGAACCAAAGUAUCUUUCAGCUCAUGGGCCAACUAUCUCCUUACUUCCCGAACCCAUCUGGAUUUGGAGUGGCUGAGUAUCCUCUUCCUCCAGGAGCGAAUAUCACUCAUGUUCAGAUGCUUUCAAGACAUGGAUCUAGAUAUCCUACCACUGGAGCCAAUGUCUAUGCUCUUGGAGAAAAGAUUGCCAAUAGCACUGGAAAGUUCCGGGCUACAGGUCUGCUAUCCUUCCUCAAUGACUGGGCAUAUGAACUCGGCGCGGAGAUCCUUGUGCCCAAAGGUCGCCAGGAGCUUUUUGAUAGCGGAGUGUUGCAUUAUUAUCAAUACGCCCAGCUGUAUAACCCCCACAGCAAGAUCAUUGCCCGUACAACAACCCAAGACCGCAUGUUGAAGUCGGCAGAGUACUUCCUGGCAGGAUUCUUCGGGUUGGAGUGGACCAACAACGCAACAAUCGAAGUCAUCAUCGAGGCCAACGGGUUCAACAACUCUCUUGCUGGCUAUGAUAAUUGCAAUAACUCCAACAGCUUCCGCAACGCAGGCGGCGUCAACGCGAUGAACGAAUGGGUAGAGAUCUAUCUCCAGAACGCAACUACACGCUUCCAGUCCAUGAUCCACGGCGUCAACUGGACGGUCGCAGACACCUAUGCCGCACAAACCAUGUGUCCCUACGAGACCGUCGCCUACGGCUACUCGGCCUUCUGCAACCUCUUCACCUACGAAGAAUGGCAAAACUUCGAAUACAGCCUCGACCUCUAUUUCGCCGGCAGUUCCUCCUUCCAAUCCCCCACUGGAAGAGCAGUCGGCGUCGGCUACGUGCAAGAAAUGCUCGCCCGUCUGAACAACCAUACCCUGGGCUACUCUGGCAGCCAAAUCAAUACCACGCUCGACAAUAACACUGUCACUUUCCCCUUGAACCAAUCUUUAUACUUUGACUUCUCGCACGAUACGAAUAUCAUGAGUAUCCUUACGGCUUUUGGAUUUAGGCAAUUCAAUGAGUUGUUACCGAGUACAAAGCACCCAGGUCCCCACAAUCUCACCGUGUCCCAUCUAGAACCCUUUGCUGCGCGCUUGGACAUCGAAAUCAUCGAAACACCAUCACCAUUGUCCGAAGAUAGAACAUAUGCGGAGGGACAGAAGACGAGCUAUAUCCAUUUCAUCCUGAAUCAACGGACGAUUCCGCUGGGUGUCAGCUUUCCGGAAUGUGGGGGGAGAUUGGAUGGCUGGUGUGAGCUAGGCACGUUCUUGAAAGUGCAGGAGAAUGCAGAGGCGCUGGCGAGGUAUGAUUAUGCCUGCAAUGGGGACUAUGCUGCAGUGCCUUAUGGGAAUGUCACCGAUGGCGCCCCAAAUAAUUAG